AGUGGCUCAUUAUAGAGUCUGCUUCGACAGGGACGCUUCAUCCUCACUCUUCUUUCUUCCGGAGAGGAAUGAAAAGCACUGAGGCUACUUUUUCAACGACCACACACACUUAAAACUAAAAUAAAGCGGUGCGACUGGAUCAAGGAGCUCUGACCGGUUUGGAUGUAUCAGAGAGAAGAGGUUUUCUGAUGCUCUUUGGAAAUGAGUCAAGCAGCGGAUGUGAAGGACGGUGAAGGAAAGUGAUUCAAAAGGAAGAAUGAUAUCUAGAGGAGUCAAGCUGCUUUCAUCCUCUCUCUGAUUUUAUUCAUUUCUUUUAGGGGAUUGAUCCAUUACACCCGAGCUUUCAAACCACAUCAUCAAGUUUCAUAUAAUUUCAUUUUUCUCAAUUUAAUAGGCUACACUGCGGCUGAUCGCGCUCCUCCAAUCAAAAUUGAUCCCAGUUGUAAAAACUUGCGUUCAGCUUCGGUGCGGAAUGUCGGUAUCUCCUGAUUUGUAGUCAAUUUUAGACAAGCUUUUAAAAUUAUUCCUAUUUUGAUUCAAGUGAGAGUAGAGCAUGGCCAUCAACACGGACACCGACUUCCAGAAGUCCAGCCUGGGUGAGGGUGGAGGAGGCGCUCGGCCAGCGGACUCCCAGGAGACGGAGAAACUACUGGCGGUGACCACGGAGCCUGGAGGAGAUGGGAUGAAGUUGUCCAGCUCCUUCACGGUCAACAUGGACAGUGACAAGGGCCUGGAAGCCGACCAGAACGGCCACAGCGUCGCUUUGAGAUCGGGUUCUGUCGGGCAGCUCGCCGCCGCCGCCCCCCUCUCCCCGUCUAAGGCCAGUCUGAGCCGCUCCUCCACCGGGAACGCCACCGUCCAGGACGCCCCGAAGCCCAGGGACUAUGUCAUCCUGGUCAUCAUCUCCUGCUUCUGCCCCGUGUGGCCGGUCAGCAUUGUCGCACUGGUGUACUCCAUCAUGUCCAGAAACAGUCUCCAGGCAGGGGACAUGGAUGGUGCCAGGAGGCUGGGUCGACUGGCUCGUCUGCUCAGCAUCGUCGCCAUCGUCCUGGGUGUGGUCAUCAUCAUAGUCUACGUCACAGUUUCAGUAACCCAAUCACAUGCAGGACCCUGAGGGGAGAAAACUGAACCGUGAAAGCCAACAAGAAAAUAAAACCCAUUCCAAAACAAAAAAAUGAAAUACAAUUCUUAACUUUAUACCAUAUUGUAAUGACAUCACGACAACACUCGGAAAGUGAAAAAUAGGCAACUCAUGAAAUCAGGUCUUGUAGCAAGUAUGAAAAAAAAUCAUUCAGAGAUGCAUGCAUAAGAAUCCAGUAACAUUUGCUUGACAAAGUUAAUGAGAAACCUGACGUAGAAUGGCUCAGAUUAAACCAGAGGAAAAAGAAAAUGCAGUUUGGAUGCAGUCAGAAGGACCUUUUGAAAUAUGGACUUCUUAAUAUGAAGAGGAUGAUCGACGUACAAGGAGAGAGUGAACACUAAGACUUUUUCUAUGUCUGGGCUGGAGCUCCUUUGAAAACCAGAUUGUUGGUUUGGACUUCAAACUUUGGACAACUGCAUAUAAUCCUCAUAUAUUCCUUCCUGAACCUCUUGCAUUCAAAACAUAUACAGCUAGAAAUGUAGUUGAAAUGUGGAUACAUGAACAUAUAUAUAGAGAGCAAAUGAACAUUUUAUAAAAAUGUUUGUAUGCCAAGUGGUGCUGGGUUUGAUAAGACUUCACACAAUGGCAUUUAGAGGAUCAGUGGAAAUCCAAGGGUCUGCGAAAGGGGGCAGGGAAAACAUUUUUAAUUUUCUAUCAUUUAUCAUAUUUAUUUGAAGAAAAAAAAGAUUUAACUAGAUACUUAAAUGUAGAAAAUCAAAAUUCUGCCGUCAUUUUGACUGUUAUUAUUUGUCUCUUUUCUAAUUAAGGAGUCAGAAAGGUUAACAGCUUUGCCUAUAGGGGAGCAUGCAGCCACUGCAGAAUGUGCAGAAACUGUGAUCUAGCCUGUGAUCUGUCUUGAUCUGGCAGACACUGAAACACAUGCCAAACCUCCCCAAACUCCGAGUUCCCUCUUUACCACAAACCCAAACUUAGUUACUUCCACUUUACAUUUCAGUCUUUACUGCCUUUUGACACCAUAGCUCCCUGUUUUCCAUUACUAUUCUUACAUAGUUAAACAUCAUCUGUUUAAUAACUUUGUUUGGUAUGAAAUGUAUUUAUAUGGGAAAUAUAUAUGCAACAUGUACGCAUGCUAUGAGCCAAAACAGGCUUAUGCGCAUUUGUUUUUUGUAAAUGUACAGGCCUAUGAGCUUAGUUACAUAGGACUGUUGCAUUGACACAUUAUAGUCUUGUACUCCAAGCACAGGUGACAUCAAGUUCUAAGAUCAUGUAGAAUUAUUUAAAUCCACAGCUCACUGGACAUUGAUGAUUUAUUUUCACCAUCUCAUGCAAUGUAAAAUAAGAAUAAUUUGAACAAAGUCCCUCUAAAGUGAUUUAAAAUGAUGCUAUUCCUUGAGUUCCAGUGGCUAUUUUGUUUAAGGGCUCAUACACCAGCUAAUGAUGAGAGACAUUUAUCAGACUAUGCAGUUAACUGAAAUUCAUCAAAGAACAAGGGCAAGCAUCAAUUCCAUUCCAAUUCAUAGUGAUGCAUAACAAUUACACUCUUUAGCCAAAUACCUCAAAGUAGCAAAAAUCCAAAAAUCCCGUGUUUGCUACCAAUGAAAAACGUUACAUUUAUCAUAUAUCGGUCUAUUCUGUUGAUCGUAGUGUGAACUCUAGUGUGAUUCUCUACCAUCCAAAUUCAACAUGUCUGAGACUGGUGGUCUGGAGCAACUGUCCAGGCACUGAGCACCUUUGCCACUAAAACAGUGGACACUUUCGUUUCUAUAUACGACUGUUUCUUUGCCACUAUACUGUAUGUGCCAGUUUUCAUCUCUGUGGUGUAACUUUGCAUGACUGGAAUAAAUGCUACCAUGCAUGGUCCGGGUUUUGUACUCUGAUGAUACUGGUUAUGAGGGGUGAUGUGCUAACGCUACAAUAUGUUGCUGUUUAGUGGGUAUUAGGUUUACCAUGUUAACCAUCAUAGUUUUGCCAGGCUGAAGAGAAUGUCAUUUGUUUUAUAUGCAUUUCUUCAUGAACCAAAAUGGUCAUCAAUCCAUCUAUUAUCUAUACCACUUAUCCUGAAGAGGGUCACGGGGGGACUGGAGCCAA